UCAAGCCCUCUCCGUCGCCAUUAAUUCGGUAGGCUUUCAAGGACGACCUCCAGUCAACGGCGAUGAAGAUAUCUAAGGCCACGAAGACUUGGUCAGCUUCCCCAAGUAGUCGCCGCCACCACCAGGCUUCAGCAGUGUAAGUAGCCGACUCCACAUGAAGAUUUAGAAGCAACAUCAGAGAAGAAGGAAUUAAUGGCGUGGCAAGUAGCGGUGCUGCUUCAAAUACUCGUGCGGCUAUCCUCAGCACUUGCGGCCGCACCCAUGGCUCAACCAGGAUGCCGGGCGAAGUGCGGCGAUGUCAAGAUCCCCUACCCCUUCGGCAUCGGCCCCGGCUGCUUCCUCCCUGGCUUCGACAUCACUUGCAAUACCACCACGAAUGGAUCCAAAGCAUUCAUUGGGCAUGGCAACAUUGAAGUAUUAAAUAUCUCCCUAGUCGACGGCCUACUGAAAGUUAAACAUUUCAUUGCUCACGACUGUUAUGACGGGCAGGGUAAAAGAGUCCGGCACAACAAUCCGUGGAUGCAACUGGGGAGGACGAGGUCCAUCAGAUUCUCUGACACCAGCAACAGGUUUGUGGCCAUCGGGUGCGACACCAUCGCGUACCUCAUCGACAUGGACCACAAGUUCACGACUGGGUGUGCUUCCAUGUGCAACAACACGAGCUUCGUGACGAACGGGACCUGCUCCGGCAUCGGCUGCUGCGAGAUCGGGAUACCCAAGGGGCUCAGGGCCUUCACAGUCGAGCUCCACAGCUAUCACAACCACUCCAACUGUUCGAGCUUCAGUCCUUGCAGCUAUGCCUUCCUGACCGACACGUCGUUCAGGUUCAACGCAUCGGAUUUCUUAAGCUUCGAAAACGUUACGAUGAUGCCGGCGACUCUGGAGUGGGAUGUGGGGAACAAGACGUGCGAGGAAGCUCGGGAGGAGGGGGGCUCUGCUUGCGUCGCCAAAAACAGUGAAUGCUACAACUCGACCAAUGGCCACCGCUGCAAUUGUUCCCAAGGCUACGAAGGGAACCCCUACCUUCGUGAUGGAUGUCAAGAUAUCGAUGAGUGCAGAGAUCCACAAAAAAAUCAGUGCGUGAGCCAUUGCAUAAAUACGAUCGGAAGCUAUCACUGUACUUGUCCGCGGGGCAUGCGGGGGGAUGGUCGAAAGGAUGGAAGCCGUUGCACCACCGAAUUCCCUUUUCUUGGUGUGGUUUUAGGUGCUGGCUCCGGCUUCCUAUUUCUGUGCGCCAGCAUAUCUUGGUUGUACUGGAUUUUAAGUAAAAGGAGACUCAUCAAGCUCAAGGAGAAGUUUUUCCAACAGAAUGGCGGUCUUUUGCUGCAGCACCACAUCUCUUCAUCAAGCGAUGAUGGUCGUAAUGAUUCCAUUAUGAGGAUAUUUACCUCUGAGGAGCUUCAAAGAGCAACCAACAACUACGACGAGGAUUGCAUCAUUGGUCAGGGAGGCUUCGGAACGGUUUACAAAGGGACCUUGUCAGACCAAAGAGUCGUCGCAAUUAAGAAAUCAAAGAUCGCAGCCAAGGGUGAAAUCGAGCAGUUCAUAAAUGAAGUUGUUCUCCUCUCCACCAUCAACCAUAAGAAUGUGGUGAAGCUCUUGGGGUGUUGCCUAGAGACUCAAGUGCCCUUACUGGUAUUUGAAUUCAUGUCAAAUGGAACCCUCUCUCACCACAUCCAUGACCAAGGCCGUCGAGGCUCGUUGUCCUUGGAAAAUCGAUUGAGGAUCGCUGCAGAGGCUGCUGAAGCACUGGCCUACCUUCACUCAUCAGUGUCCACUCCGAUCAUCCACAGAGAUGUGAAGUCCACCAAUAUACUCUUGGAUGACAGCUACACAGCUAAGGUUUCAGAUUUUGGUACUUCAAGGUUGGUUCCAUUCGAUCGAAACUGCCUCACUUCACUGGUGAGAGGAACAAUUGGAUACUUGGACCCAGAAUACUUCCAAUCGGGUCAGUUCACAGACAAGAGUGAUGUCUAUAGCUUUGGAGUAGUACUUGUCGAGCUCUUGACGGGUGAGAAGGCUCUCUCAAUGAAUAAAUCUGAAGAACAUAGAAGUCUCGUGAAACGUUUCAUUUCUUGCAUGAGUGAGGGUGGACUUCGUGAGAUUCUCGACGAUCGCAUCCACCGUGAGGGAUCCAUGGAGCAGCUACUGGCAGUCGCUAAGCUCGCCGAGAGAUGCCUUCGAUUGAAUGGAGACGAGAGGCCCACAAUGAAGGAGGUGGCGAUCAAGUUAGAGGGUAUGAGAACGUCCACCAACCACCCAUGGGUUGGUGAGGAGAUCGAGCCUUUGUUGGCAGAGCCACUGUUGAGCGAGCUAGCAUUUUAUGGUGCCGGUAACACAACCAGCGAUGGCAAUUCUUCAUAUAGCGAGUUUGUGCCACUUAACAUCACCAAAUGAUUUCAGACGGAGAGACAACCAAGAUUAUCUACGGUGUGCCCCCAUCAGAAGAUAAAGGGUGCUCUACGAGCAUGUAUCAUGUCAUACUUGGUGCAUAUUGUUUGAUACCGUCCAUCUUCUGAGAGUAGUCAUCAAGGUCUACAUAGUACUUGGUGUUGUGUCUCGCGUACUAUAGAAAAUCAAUGCUCGAGAAAAGAUGUCUUCUAUAACUGCACCUGUGGGACAAUCGAUUGAUCAUAUCCAUAUACUUAUCCUAAUUAAUUAUGAUUGUUUUUAUUAUGAGUAU